GCCGAGACCGCCUCCUAAAGAGAAACGUUCCCCACUCUUUUGGGCAACCUCGACUGAUCCUCGCGGUAUUUCAGUUCGGCUCUCUGUCCGGACCCUUGCGGGUGUGACGAGAGGAAGAAUGACUGAUCUCUCCUCCGUUCUUGAUCCGGAACUAGUUAUCCUGAAAUCCCGGAAGAGGUAGUUCGCGCGCGAGAAGUGUGUUCGCUCCCCCGAAGUGGAAAACGGGAAGGCGCGUGUGAGGAGGAGAGGUAAUUUAGAUGCUCUUUAAGUCUUUGGUUAUGGAAUACUUGGCUCAUCCUGGUACAUUAAGCCUGGCUGCUGGAGUUGCUUGUGGCAUGUGCCUUGGUUGGGGCCUCCGGGUACGCUUUGGGAUGCUAUCCAAAAACUCAACGAGUGAAACAGAGAAAGGGACCGAAACUGAAGCAAGCAUCUUGGGAGAGAGUGGGGAGUACAAAAUGAUUCUUGUGGUUCGAAAUGACUUAAAGAUGGGAAAAGGAAAAGUUGCUGCCCAGUGUUCUCAUGCUGCUGUUUCUGCCUACAAGCAAGUUCAAAGGAGAAACCCUGAAGUGCUCAAACAGUGGGAAUUCUGUGGCCAGCCCAAAGUGGUAGUCAAAGCCCCUGAUGAAGAAACCCUGAUUGAAUUAUUGACCCAUGCAAAAAUGCUGGGACUGACUGUAAGUUUAAUCCAAGAUGCUGGACGUACUCAGAUUGAACCAGGCUCCCGAACUGUCCUGGGGAUUGGGCCAGGACCAGCAGACUUAAUUGACAAAGUUACUGGUCACCUAAAACUUUACUAGAUGGGCUUUUGCAUGAUCCUAUCAAGAGUUUUGGAAACCUGUCAAAUUCUAACAUUAAAAGCUCAUUUCUUUCCCCAAUUUAAAUAUUCUUGAAAUGAAAAUAAAAUUUAUUCUUGUGUUUUUCUGUCAA